GUGAAUGCACAGCUCCGAGCGGCAGCUGGAGGUUUGCGCAGCGCAUGUACGGAAGAAACCCAAUAAAAAAGCGUGGAACAAAGCUGCGCAAUGAGAGACUGAGAAGCAGCAGGAGAAAAGAAGAUACAAUUAAAAAAAAAAACAGAAAUCUCCUCUCUUCUGAAAGGCUCUGAUAGCUGGGGGAAGACACGGAGAGCCGCAUCAUCAGGAAAUAUCUUCAAAAUGGAUCUUCAUGAUAAAGAAAUUCUCCCUGGAGAGAUUUUGCCUGUGGUGAUCAUCGGUAACGGCCCAUCAGGGAUCUGUCUGUCAUACCUGUUGUCAGGUUACACCCCCUACUUGUCACCUGAGGCGUCGCACCCCAACCCCCUGCUGCACAGCAAGCUGGGAGAGCACCCUCACCUGUCGCUGCUGGAGCAGGAUCUGGAGUACCUGUGCGAGGGGUUGGAGGGGCGAUCGUCCAAUCCUGUGGCCGUGCUCUUUGAUUCGCUGCUGCUCCCUGACAGCGACUUCGGAUUGGACCACACAUCUCCGCUGGAAUGGAGAUACGAGCCGGAGCGUGCCAUCCCACACCUGGUGCUGGGGAAGGGUCCGCCUGGAGGAGCCUGGCAUGCUAUGGAGGGCUCCAUGCUGACUCUGAGCCUGGCUAACUGGAUGGAGCUUCCCGGACUCAAACUGAAGGACUGGAUGAGAGAAAAACGCAGAAAUGUACGAAACGAUCGUGCCACACCAGCCGAGAUAGCCUCCUACUACCAACACUACGUUUCCCAGAUGUCACUGGAGCAGAGCUUUGCAUGUGGAACCACCGUCACUUCGGUAACCAGACAGCCUGGCAACCAGGAGGGGUCGCCGCCCUGCUGGAGAGUGAUGGGACUGCAGCGCAGAGAGGGGGAAGAGCUGGGAGAUAGUUCUUUUGUUUCAGAGGAGGUGCCUUUCUCCCUGUUGGCCCACAAUGUGGUGUUGGCGACGGGGACCCACGACAUCCCGGCCAGGCUUGGCGUGGAGGGUGAGUCCCUGCCCUUCGUCUGCCACUCUUUCUGGGAGCUGGAGGCAGCCAUCUCUCGCGGCGAGCUCGACCAAUCUUCAGACCCAGUGCUGGUGGUGGGGGCGGGGCUUACGGCAGCCGAUGCAGUACUGGCCGCCCACCAUCUCAACACGCCUGUCUACCACGCCUUCAGACGCUCGGUCACCGACCCUGGCCUCAUCUUCAACCAGCUGCCCAAACUGCUCUACCCAGAGUACCACAAGGUUCACCAGAUGAUGACUCAGCAGCAGUACCGGCCAAGCCCUCCGCCACAGGACCACGCCCAGAACCACAAUGACCACUCCUCUUCUUCCUCUCCUUUGUCUCCUUCCUCCCUCUCUCCAUCCUUCUCCACCACCUCUUCAUCUCCCUCCUCCUACCCGGGGUACCUGAGCUUCCCACGCUACAGGGUCGUGGCGUUCCGACCAGACCAGAAGUGUGUUCUGGAGUCAGACUCUGGCCAGCGGACGGUGGUCCAGGUCUCCAAGGCGCUGGUUCUGAUCGGCGCCCACCCGAACCUUACCUUUCUAGAUGACAAUGGGCGUCCACUUGGCAUCAACCCCAGGGAGCCAAUCACGUGCCGGAGGAACCCGAUUGAGGUGGACCCAUUCACAAACAACGUGGUUGCGGCAGACGGGCCGGGCAUGUACGCCAUGGGGCCGCUAGUUGGCGAGAACUUCGUCAGGUUCCUGAAAGGAGGAGCGCUGGCUAUCGCUAGCGACCUCGCCAAGAGACAGAGGGAGGGAGGGGGAAGCGGAGAUGGGGAUUUGACCACAGACAGAUUAAUGGACAGAUGGGUGGACAGACAGUUGACCACACAGACAGAAGCAAAGGUUUGUGGUCUGGAUUCGUAGCAGGUUUCCUGGGACAGGAAGGAGUGGACUGAAGCAAACUGACCUACUCUGAUCUGAUCCAAGCUAAUGGAUCUAGACAAAACAGGAACAACUGCUGAUUAAAGCCACAGGUCAUGUUUUUCCAGAAAUCACAGAGUAGGGGAAUCAAAUACGCUGCUAAGUUGUUUCAGGGCGUGUAACAAGCAACAAGUGGUCUCUACGACUGGACUUGGACUGCACUGGUUUAUAUGGGUCUGAUAUCUCAUUUUAUCUACUGUAAAUCUAAAAGCCUCCAGACCCGAGGCAUCCUGAAGGCUAAAAGCCGCUUGAGAAAGACAAACCGUUGUGCUGGCAAAAUCCUACAGAAAUACAGGACAGUCAUGUGUAAGUUGGAGAGAUGGAAGGAGAAUCAGAAAGACACUGUAGCUAAGGACGUGAUGGAGGGGAGACAGGUGGUGCAUUUGGGUCACCCCUGUCAAAGUAUAAAUCAUAAUGAUAACAAUAAACUUUAUUUAUACAGCACUUUUCAAAACAAAGUUACAAAAUGCUUUACAUGGUUGAACCAGGAUUAAAACAUAUCAGGAGGGCAGUGAGGCAAAUAAAAUCAGAGAAUUUAAAUGAUACAAAAAUAAAAGUAAUAAAAUACCCAGCAAUAAUAUAAGAUACAUUUUUUUUUUAUUAAACAGAUAAGACAUGUUGGAAAUAUAACGGCAUGCUUGCAUUAAUAAAAAGCUUUUCUAAAAAGAUUAAUUUUGAGAAUAGAUUUAAAAGAUUCACUGAUUCAGCGGGCCUCAGAAGCUCGAACCACCACCUGGAAGUUGUUCUGGAAGGCAUUAAACUCCACCAUGACUUUAUGUGUUGUGAUGUUUCACUUAGAGCCUGACCGAUACUGGAUUACUGAGGCUGAUAUCAAUAUCUGUAUAUGAGAAUUUCAAAACUCUGACAUCGAUAUAUUGGCAGAUAUGAAUUUUUUAACGAUUUUCCCUUAAAUUUGGUUAUUAAAGAAUUGUGACUAUGAUGUGUACUGAGCAAGACAUUUUGCUGUGAAAAAAAAAACCCCAAACUUUGUCAUUGCCCUCUGAUGGUCAAACGAUGCAAUGUCUACACGCUUUAAAAAUGACCUCAAACAUAUCUGCCACAUAUGGCAUUUCUGUAAAGCAAUUUCUCAUAACUUAUUGGCGACACAUAUGUCUGUGAUAAGCUAAAAUCAGCCGAUUAUACUGGUUUAACCCUCAACAUAUGAUGGACAACUGGCAAGUAUCAGGUUUAUGGUAAAUACUGCAUAUCCAUAUUACUUUUAAGUGACUGCUCAACAUGUUCAGGCUUAUACAAUCAAACAGCUGAGUUUAUGCCUGGCUCCCAUUAUUUACGUCCUGCGGUGGAUUUUUUCAUUGGUCCAAAUCAUGUAGCAGAUUUAUCAGUAACCAAUCAUAACCUGUAAAUAUGACGUGGUCACAUGACAAUUUUCUAACUUUGUGAAUUGAUGAGGUCCGACACGAACAGAGGUGGAGGUGGAGAAGGAGAUCUGAAAAGGGUGGAAAGAAGGAAUCAAGAGAGGCAGAGUAAGAUGGAAAUAAGUUACAGUAGCAGUUCUGGUUCGGUUUCUUAUCACUCAGAGAGCUUACAGUAAUUUCCUGGUUAAAGUUCAUCAUACAUGACCAAAACGACACACGUUGCCUCAGCCUCGCUCUUUUUAACAAUGUACAAUGGGUAUAAUUAACAUGUUUCCAAAGUUAAAAUGUAGUUUACUGUGAGCAGUCUUCUGUUUGCAACACUACACUGUCACACUUGCUGUUUCCACAAAACAAACUGGUUAAAAGUCAAUUACUGCUUCGUUCUUUAUAUCAUUUUCUACAUGUGUUUGUAUAUUAUGGGUUUGCUGAUUUGUGAAUCUUCGGUGCUUUAUUUCUGUAUGUUAAUAUGAUUUUUAGUCAUGUCACAGGCAACUGUACCUACCUGAUAUCUAUGAAAAGAUAUUAUACUUAAACAACAGAGAAACAUAUAUAUUUUUUCUAAAAUUCCUCUCACUGAAAAUGUUUGAUUGCAACUGUUAUAAUGUAAGAGUUUGGCUUCAGUGUAAUGUAGUAAUAAUAAUAAUAAUAAUAAUAACAUUGAAUCAAUGACCUAACCAGCACUGGUAUUUAAGCCCUAUUUGCAUUGGUAUAGUAUUAUCAUUGAACAACAACAACAACAAGGUAAAUUCUCUUCUGUGUUUUGGUUUAAUAAAAGUCGUCACAUGAGAAUAAUAAUGCAGUGCAAAUUGAAAUCAUGUUGCUUUCAGCUGUAAUAUAUAUAUUUUCAGUUUCAUCUUGAUUUAUAAUAACCAUUGUUGGUUAUUAUCACAGAAGAAUAAGCAUAUAACCACAUUUUAAAAGUUAUUAUCAGACGAUGUUUGGCAUUUUUGCAUAAAAAUGACUUAAACAACCAAUCAAUUAUCAAAAUUGGUGCCUAUUAAGUUUUUGUCAAUUAAUUAAUUGGUUAAUCGUUUCUGUUCAAUCACAGGCAGAGUUGCAGUUUUUAAUCAGUUGAAUAGAAGAGUUCAAACUAAAAUUGCCUUUUUAAAAUAUACAUCCUACAUACUUAUUAUUUCAUGUGUUUUUAUUUAAAGGUUAAUACACAUCAGUCUUUAUUUUGUCUGUUAGAUUCGACAGCUUAAGCCUGGAUGCCGAUAGUGAACUCUAUAGGAGCCAGCAGUGCCUUAAGACACAUAAUUCACAGCAAUAUAUUUUGUUUCACAGCAGAAUUAAAACACCUCCAUCUGAAUGUUUCUUGUUAUGCAUUAAAAAUCAUGUCCAGUCUUUUUUAACACAACUUGUUUGUAUGAAUGGGGUGAUUUUUGUAUAUGUCAAAAUAAAGUUUCCAUCUGUAUUGACAGUCAAACCUA